AUGAUUUCGUUCUUCCGCUUAUUGCAGGCGCUUUGUCUCCUGCUUCUCGUCAGCUUCGUCGCUGCAGAACAUACUUCCAACUGGGCUGUACUGGUCUCCACAUCCCGAUUCUGGUUCAACUACCGCCAUCUCGCCAAUGUCCUUUCCCUCUACCGAACUGUCAAGCGGCUCGGCAUUCCAGACUCGCAGAUCAUUCUGAUGCUUCCCGAUGAUAUGGCUUGCAAUCCUCGAAACGCUUUCCCCGGAACCGUCUACAGUAACGCGGACCGCGCCGUCGACCUGUACGGCGAUAAUAUCGAGGUUGAUUACAGGGGCUAUGAAGUGACAGUCGAGAACUUCAUUCGACUAUUGACCGAUCGGCUCGACGAAGAUGUCCCACGCAGCAAGCGUCUUGGAUCCGAUGCCGGUAGCAACGUAUUGGUGUAUAUGACCGGUCACGGCGGAGACCAGUUCCUAAAGUUCCAAGACGCGGAGGAGAUUGGCGCGUGGGAUUUGGCCAAUGCAUUUGGGCAAAUGUGGGAGAAGAAGCGCUACCAUGAGCUUCUUUUCAUGAUUGAUACGUGCCAGGCCAAUACGAUGUACACGCAUUUCUACUCGCCCAAUAUUGUUGCCACGGGCUCUAGUGAGCUGGAUCAGUCCUCCUAUUCCCACCACGCCGAUAACGAUGUUGGAGUCGCCGUCAUCGACCGCUGGACCUAUUAUGUACUAGAGUUCCUGGAGACACAAGUGACGAGCGCCAAUUCCAAGUUGAAUCUUGGAGAUCUUUUUGAUUCCUAUGACGAGUCGAAGAUCCAUUCACAACCUGGUGUGCGAUGGGACUUGUUUCCUGGCGGUGAACAGGAAGGCCGCUUGCGCACUGUCGUGGAUUUCUUCGGUAAUGUGCAAAACGUCGAAGUCGAGAACGCCAACGCCACAGAGCCUGGGUCUCUUAAGGAGGAUCUAGCCGAAAUCGCACGAUUGGCGGAGAAGUGGCGCAAGCGCGGUGAAGAGUACUCUGCCAUCCUUGGCAACUCCACUCAGUCUGAUAAUGAAAAUAAGCACUCUUCUUCUGUCGGAUUGGCUCCCAAGAAGACUGUUGGCCCGACGAAGAUGGCCGAGGAUAACAGCUGGGGCAAACGACUGGUCGGUCUAUCUGUCGUCGGUGCAUGCACUGCAGUCUGGGUUGCCGGGUCGAUAUUGGGCCGUUCAGUCAACUGA